CCCCCCCCCCACCACCACCACCAUCACUGUAUCAUACCAGACCCCAAGUGCUACAUAAAGCUCGCGGCGUCCCCCAUUAUCACCUCCGAAAUCCUCAACCCGCUACUUACAACGAUCAACAACAACCUAUUCAUAUCCCCGAUCCGCUAUAGCCAUGUAUACCGCCUCGUUUGCCUUCUUCGAAGCCCUGUGGGAGGCCGGCGUAAGCCAUUGUUUCGUCAACCUGGGCUCGGACCAUCCCAGUAUAUUGGAAGCCAUGGUGAAGGGCCAGCGGGAGACACCCGACUCGUUCCCCAAGAUCAUCACGUGUCCCAACGAGAUGGUAGCGCUAUCCGCCGCACACGGGAUGGCGCUCACAACAGGCAAGCCGCAAGCGGUCGUCGUGCACGUCGACGUGGGCACGCAGGGGCUGGCAGCAGCGGUGCACAACGCGUCGAUGGGGCGGGCGCCCGUUCUGAUCUUUGCCGGCCUGUCGCCGUUUACGCAGGAGGGAGAGAUGCGUGGCUCCAGGACGGAGUUCAUCCACUGGACACAGGACGUGCAUAACCAGCGGGAGAUCGUCGCACAGUACUGCCGCUACACUGCCGAGAUCAAGACGGGCAGGAAUAUCAAGCAGAUGGUUAAUCGCGCGCUCAGUUUUGCCACAAGUGAUCCCAAGGGACCUGUAUACCUGGUCGGCGCGAGAGAGGUUAUGGAGGAGGAUAUUGAGCCGUAUGUGCUGGAUCAGAGCUACUGGACACCGAUUGAGCCGGCGGCGCUGUCGCAAGACGGCGUGAGGACUAUUUGUGAUGCUUUGUUGGCGGCAAAGGACCCGCUAGUCAUCGUGGGGUAUUCGGGGCGGAAGGAAGAGUCCGUGGGCGAGCUGGUGAAGCUGGUGGAUUCGGUCGGGGCGAGGGUGCUGGACUCCCUGGGAAGCGAUUUGUGUUUCCCGGCGGAUCACAGGUCGUACUUGGGAGUACGGUACGGCGUGCACGACAAGAUCACGGAGGCAGAUGUCCUCUUACUGCUGGACGUUGAUAUCCCAUACAUUCCCACGAGAUGUAAACCCAACGAGAAGGCCCUCAUCUACCACAUCGAUGUCGAUCCACUAAAGCAGCAAAUGCCGGUCUUCUACGUCAAUGCCAAAGCGCGGUACAGGGCAGACGCCACGACAGCGUUGCGGCAGUUGAACGAGUACAUCGCCUCCAAGGGUUCCACCGUCAAUUCUGCCAGGAUCUCCGAGCUGGAUGGAGAAUUGAAGGCACGAGAGGAGCAGUUGGCAAAGGAUGAGCAGCCACUAAAAGACGGAACUCUAAGCGCCAACUACCUGAUGGGCAGCAUUCGCGACGCCGUACCGAAAGACUCCGUAUUCAUGGUCGAAGCCGUCACCAUGACCGCCAUCGUCUUCGACCACCUCAAGCUCAGCGCGCCUGGGAGCAUCUACAACUCCGGCGGCGGCGGGCUCGGCUGGUUCGGCGGGGCCUCCGUCGGCGCGAAACUGGGAUUGAUGCACACUGGCCAGUCGAAAUUUGUAACUGCAAUCGUGGGUGACGGCACAUUCCUGUUCGGCGUGCCCUCGUCGGUCUACUGGAUGUCGCGCCGCUACAGCGUGCCGUUCCUCACCAUCGUGUUGAACAAUAGCGGUUGGAACGCCCCGAGGAAGUCCGCGCAGCUAGUACAUCCAGCUGGUUACACCGCUAGCGCGACGAAUGGGGAGCUCAAUAUCAGCUUCGAUCCGAGUCCGGACUAUGCUGGAAUCGCAGUGGCCUCGGCAGGCGGACAGAUCUGGGGCGGCACGGUCAAGAGCGUUGAAGAGCUAGGCCCGAAGCUGAAGGAGGCGGUUGCGGCGGUCGAGGGCGGACGCAGCGCAGUGCUGGAUUGUUACAUCGUGGGCAGCGCGUUCUAAAAUUCUGGGACUGCUGGGACUUCUGGGACGGGUGUAAGAGUUUAGAGAGAGGAGAAGACCACCCUGCCUUUCCAAUUUGAUCAUAUACCCUAUCUGUCUAUUUCUCGUUCAAAAUGGUGUCCGCAGCCUAUCAUGGGUCUAGUUAUACAAAACUCCUGCUGUGAUGUCCAGCCUUUCCGCUCCAAAGUCCAUGCCUUUAUGCAAUCUCAAAUCCCAAAUUCCAGCCGCCGCGAUGAAAACAGAGCGGGAAGGAAAGCAAACCAAGGAAGACGAAGGAAAAACAAACGCCCUUCAUUAGGAGUACAAUUUAAGUGAAGCAACAAACAGUCCAGUUCAUAAAAAGGUUGAUUACAGUCAUUACGGUAUGGUAUGGCAUAGAAGUUACGAAAAGAGCCGAAAACAAAAACAAAAACAAAAACC